GCAUACACCGCGAGUUUUUGCCCUCCUCUCUGUCCUCCUGGCCCCCUCCGCUCCCUCCUCUGCGUACGCCCCAUAGACCUAAGGGGUGUUUCUUUAAACGCACCCCGGCCGAUGCCCACCAAGGCAAACUCGUCCGCGGAGCAAAUCGUCGACAUUGACCCGCUCAUCAUUUACUUCACCUUCUCGCGGAUUCGUCCACGCUUUUCCUGCGGUCGCACCAUUGAAAGCACCAUCCAGCAGUUUCGCGAUGGCGCGCUGCAACCACGCGACCUGCCCCUCCUGUCCGUCCUGACCGACGGCACACAUUACUACAGUCAAAACAACCGACGGCUGUACACGUACAAGCAGUUGAAGCGAGAAGGGCUGCUGGCGGUGGUGCCGGUGCGACUGCGGCCGUUCCCGCAGACGAAGCGCAUGAACAGUAAGUACACGCCGGAGACGUGCUCGCUGACGGCGACGUUGAUGCGCGAUGUGGAAAAGGGCGGAGCUUCCGCCUCGACCGCCCCAACACCUUCUGGCUCCACUGCGCACGCGACAGUCGCGGAGCAGUCCGGCGAGGACGAGCAGGCCGCGCGCAGCACAAGCGAGGAAGAGGAAGACAAGCACAUACGGUUGAAUGGAACUGGUGAUACGAUAACGCAUCCGGCAGCAUCCACGACCCCUCCACGCUCGCCACGAAAUCGCAGAAGGAAGAGCAGCGACGACAGUGGGCAUGACGAGAAGGAAGUUGCAGCCGAAGUGGGGGGUCGACUCUCCCGAAAGCAAAAGAAGGCGUUGCAGAGGAACAUGAAGAACACGCAGCCGCAACACAAGCAACGAACUACUAAAGGGCGAAGGGGCAAGGGUGAAAGUGACAGCGGCAGCGACGGCGGUGGCGGCGGCGCAGACACCCUCGCGGAGGAGUUGCGCAAAUUGGGCCUACAAUAA